GUUGGACAAUAGUUGAUACUAAACGGUCCCAUUUGGUGAUUCAUGAGGAUCAUUGACCACAAACUUGUUUUCGCUCCUUUAUUUCUGAUUCCUGUGUCGCUGAAUUAGCAUCUCUGUUUGCAUUGCACAUUGGUAAUAUUCAUGUCCAGCUAUGUUUAUGAUACGUAUUCUCUUAGUACUUAGUAUUUUCUCUAAUUUAUGUGAGUGCCAAAUCAAUUCGGGAUAUAGGCCCAAUCGACUCUCUCACGAAGUUCUCAAGGGACCAUAUCAUUUUCCACGAUUAGAACCAUUAGCAAAGCCUUCUCCUACAGAAUCAGAAGAUUACUCUGAUGUCAGACUCCUUAAGCUGAUAGAUUCAGUGAAUAAACGGACACAUAACCACGUAGAUGAACACAAGCAUGAAUCAACGAUUCCUAAAAUAAUUCCACCAUUUCCUGGACCACAGGUUAACAAUAACUUCAGCACUACACCCCAGGGUUUCUACUAUAUGGGCCAAUCUAGAGAAACAACUGCCAAGAGCCAGAAAGAUAAUCUAUCAGAACCUGAAAUAGCACCAUUCACUAGUGCGAUCACAAGCUCGCCUUCGUUCAAUGGAAGAGUACAAUUUCCUAUAACAACCAAUCAUGGUCUACAACCAGAGACGAUACCACCCUUGAAAUCAUCAUUUGUUGCACUUGGAGAUAAUGAAAGUUUCAACGCCUCUCCAAAGUCUCAACUGUCACAGAGAUUCGUAGAAACAACUCCUAAUAAUCGAAUGGAUGAUAUUUUUGACUCUCCGGUCCAAAAUACUCAAAUGGAAGAAGGUUUCAGAGGGAUACCGUCAAAAAAUCAGGAAAUUUUUUUUCCUGAAUCUGAAGGAGCUUCUCAUCCACAAAUCAUCACACCGGAACCUCUGUUGAUCGAUGAAUUUGGAGAAACAGGAACCAGAAACCGAAAAGAUGACAUUUCAGAGUCAAACCUUUCAAAGACUCUUAGUUCAACAACAGAAUUGACAGUGCCCAAUAGACCAACAUUUUCUGGAAUAUCUGGAGGUGGUUCUCACCCAAAGAUCAUCAAACCUGGCAAACCGUGGCCAGCUAGACCAGAAGAUUACGCAGGGCAUACCUCUUCUCCCAAGACUCCUCAGUUGGUAGACAGAUUCGAAGGAACAACUGCUGGGAAUCGAGAAGACUUUAUUCCAGAUUCUAGCACAUCAAAAACUCCCAGUUCAACCACGAAAUCGCCAAUAUCCAAUAGACCAUCAUUUUCUGGAAUUUCUGGAGGUGGUCCUCACGCACAGAUCAUCAAGCCUGGUAGACCGUGGCCAGCUAGACCAGAAGAUUACGCAGGGUAUACCUCUUCUCCCAAGACUCCUCAGUUGGUAGACAGAUUCGAAGGAACAACUGCUGGGAAUCGAGAAGACUUUAUUCCAGAUUCUAGCACAUCAAAAACUCCCAGUUCAACCACGAAAUCGCCAAUAUCCAAUAGACCAUCAUUUUCUGGAAUUUCUGGAGGUGGUCCUCACGCACAGAUCAUCAAGCCUGGUAGACCGUGGCCAGCUAGACCAGAAGAUUACGCAGGGUAUACCUCUUCUCUCAAGAAUCCUCAGUUGGUAGACAGAUUCGAAGGAACAACUGUUGGGAAUCUUGAAGACCUCAUUUCAGAUUCAAGGACAUCAAAAACUCCUAGUUCAACCACAAAGUUACCAAUAUCCAAUAGACCAUCAUUUUCUGGAAUUUCUGGAGGUGGUCCUCACGCACAGAUCAUCAAGCCUGGUAGACCGUGGCCAGCAAGACCAGAAGAUUACGCAGGGUAUACCUCUUCUCCCAAGAAUCCUCAGUUGGUAGACAGAUUCGAAGGAACAACUGCUGGGAACCGAGAAGACUUCAUUCAAGAUUGGAGCUCAUCAAGAACUUCUAGUUCAACCACAAAGGUACCAAUACCCAAUAGACCAUCAUUUUCUGGAAUUUCUGGAGGUGGUCCUCACCCACAGAUCAUCAAGCCUGGCAAACCGUGGCCAGCUAGACCAGAAGAUUACGCAGGGUAUACCUCUUCUCCCAAGAAUCCUCAGUUGGUAGACAGAUUCGAAGGAACAACUGCUGGGAACCGAGAAGACUUCAUUCAAGAUUGGAGCUCAUCAAGAACUUCUAGUUCAACCACAAAGGUACCAAUACCCAAUAGACCAUCAUUUUCUGGAAUUUCUGGAGGUGGUCCUCACCCACAGAUCAUCAAGCCUGGCAAACCGUGGCCAGUUAGACCAGAAGAUUACGCAGGGUAUACCUCUCCUCCCAAGAAUCCUCAGUUGGUAGACAGAUUCGAAGGAACAACUGCUGGGAAUCUAGAAGAUCUCAUUCCAGAUUCAAGCACAUCAAGAACUUCUAGUUCAACCACAAAGGUACCAAUACCCAAUAGACCAUCAUUUUCUGGAAUUUCUGGAGGUGGUCCUCACCCACAGAUCAUCAAGCCUGGCAAACCGUGGCCAGCUAGACCAGAAGAUUACGCAGGGUAUACCUCUCCUCCCAAGGAUCCUCAGUUGGUAGACAGAUUCGAAGGAACAACUGCUGGGAAUCUAGAAGAUCUCAUUCCAGAUUCAAGCACAUCAAGAACUUCUAGUUCAACCACAAAGGUACCAAUACCCAAUAGACCAUCAUUUUCUGGAAUUUCUGGAGGUGGGCCUUACCCACAGAUCAUCAAGCCUGGCAAACCGUGGCCAGCUAGACCAGAAGAUUACGCAGGGCAUACCUCUUCUCCGAAGACUCCUCAGUUGGUAGGCAGAUUCGAAGAAACAACUGCUGGGAAUCGGGAAGACUUUAUUCCAGAUUCUAGCACAUCAAAAACUCCUAGUUCAACCACGGAAUCGCCAAUAUCCAAUAGACCAUCAUUUUCUGGGAUUUCUGGAGGUGGUCCGCACCCUCAGAUCAUCAAACCUGGCAAACCGUGGCCAGCUAGACCAGAGGAUUACGCAGGGUAUACCUCUCCUCCCAAGAAUCCUCAGUUGGUAGACAGAUUCGAAGGAACAACUGCUGGGAAUCUAGAAGACCUCAUUUCAGAUUCGAGGACAUCAAAAACUCCUAGUUCAACCACAAAGUUACCAAUAUCCAAUAGACCAUCAUUUUCUGGAAUUUCUGGAGGUGGUCCUCUACCACAGAUCAUCAAACCUGGCAAACCGUGGCCAGCUAGACCAGAAGAUUACGCAGGGUAUACCUCUCCUUCCAAGAAUCCUCAGUUGAUAGACAGAUUCGGAGGGACAACUGUUGGGAAUCUAGAAGACCUCAUUUCAGAUUCAAGGACAUCAAAAAUUCCUAGUUCAACCACAAAGUUACCAAUAUCCAAUAGACCAUCAUUUUCUGGAAUUUCUGGAGGUGGUCCUCACCCACAGAUCAUCAAGCCUGGCAAACCGUGGCCAGCUAGACCAGAAGAUUACGCAGGGUAUACCUCUUUUUUCCAGAAUCCUCAGUUGGUAGAAAGAUCCGAAGGAACAGCUGCUGGGAAUCGGGAUGACUUCCUUCCAGAUCCGAAAACAUCGAAAACUCCUAGUUCAACCACAAAGUUACCAAUAUCCAAUAGACCAUCAUUUUCUGGAAUUUCUGGAGGUGCUCCUCACCCACAGAUCAUCAAACCUGGCGAACCGUGGCCAUCAGCUAGACCAAAAGAUUACGCAGGGCAUUCCUCUUCUUUCCAGAAUCCUCAGAUCAUCAAACCUGGUGAACCGUGGCCAGCUAGACCAGAAGAUUACACAUGGAAUACCUCUUCACCCCAGACUCUUCAGUUGGUAGACAGAUUCGAAGGAACAGCUGCUGGGAAACUAGAAGACUCCAUUUCAGAUACAAGCACUCCUAGUGGUCCUCACGCACAGAUCAUCAAACCUGACGAACCGUGGCCAGCUAGACCAGAAGAUUACGAAGGGUAUACCUCUUCUUUCCAGAAUCUUCAUUUGUUAGACAGAUUUGAAGGAACAACUGCUGGGAAUCGAGAAGACUUCAUUCCAGACUCUAGCACAUCAAAAACUCCUAGUUCAACCACAAAAUUGCCAUUGCCCAAUAGACUAUCUUUUUCUGGAAUAUCUGAAGGUUUCAGUUCUUCUGAUCAAUUCACUCAGUUGGUAGACAUAUUCGAAACAACAGCAGCUGUGAAUAAAGAAGACCAUAUUCCAGAAUCAAACACCUCAAAAACUUCUAGUCUACACACUACUAAGUUGGUGAAGAGACUGGACGAAACUACUCAUUCGAAUCAAGAUUAUUCUGAUACAUCAGAAAAGAAGGUUAACUUGAACAGGAACUCACACAGGAUCCAGCACAUAUGUCUAGAAUCCUACUCAUUUAGAUAUGAUUUAAAGGAACAACAACAACUUGAAAUCAAGAAGACGAAGCACAUAUCAGAUGAGUUCAUUCUACUGAGCAAAUUAUUCGGAUUUAUACAGUAA